AUCUAGCUUGUGGUGUGGAAAAACAACCGUGUAAUUUUAAUAUUUUUAAUUAAAAUGAAAAUAAUCAUAGUGUGUUUCAUAGUAUAUGUUACAUUAAGUGUGGUGAAUAGUGAAAAAUGUGAUGGCUUAUAUCUUAAUAAUAAAUUUCAUAGAAAGGAGAUAUUAUCUAAGAACCUCGAUCGUCCAUAUCAACUGUCCUACGACAAACACAGGCAUAGAAUCUAUUUCAGUUACAAUAUAGGAAAAGAGGAAGAAGAUUGUUUUAAUAUUGCUUAUAUAGAAAAAGGAAAAACGGAACACAAAGUAAAAGAAAACAUUGAAAACGGUUUCGCCAUAGCAAUUGAUAAUACAAACGAUAGAAUAUACUUCGGAGGCAGUCUCGGUAUUUACGAGGAAUCGAUUAAAAAAGAAAACGGAACUCGAAAGAUUAUUGAUGGUUUUAAUAUUUGGGAUAUGUUUAUUAAAGAGAAACUUCAUUUUAUCAAUUAUCCACAGCAGAGGUUAUAUAAAUGUGAACAUGAAGAAUCGGGGGUAAAAGCGAUCCGUCAAAAGCAUAUACAUGAGAAAAUUUAUCAAUACGCUAUAGAUGGCAAUGAAAAUAGUUACAUAACUAAUCGUACCGGUCUUUAUAUGAUAAAAAAUGGUACAAGUGAUCGUAUAUUUAUAAAAGGUAUAAAUAACUUUAGAUGUAUUGAAGUUGACAAUCAAGGAGAGGUGUACUUUUGCGGACAACACGGCAUCUAUGUCAUCAAUACAGAAGAUUACACGCUGGAGAAGAUUGCAGAAAUAAGAAAUAUAUUUGGACUCACCUUCGAUCAUGAUAAUAAUUUCAUUUUUUCUAAUCCCCAUGAAAUUGUUAAGUUAUUGGCCGGGGACUGCAAAUAAGAACUAUUAUGUAAUUAUUAUAAAUAAUAUGUUUUAAAGU